AAAUACCAAAAGGCAGUUUUGGCCGCCGUCGAGGCUCAGCAAUGGACGAAAGCCGCCCACCUCCUGGAGACCAUAGAGGCAGGCACUUCGUCAGGAGAGACGGGCCAGUUGGCGGAAGUCUACCGCCGGUUGGCAAAGCAUUAUGCUGCUGCUAGUCGAUUUUCCGAGGCCGAGGCGGCAUUUUUGAAGGCAGAUAGCCCCAAAGCGGCAAUCGAAAUGUACACCGCCGCUGGUCAAUGGGAACAGGCUCACAGAGUCGCCUCGGAGGCCAUGGAUCCGACUGAGCUGACUGAGUCAGUUUCAGUCCUUUUAUCUCUCACUACUUGA